UUUUCUCGUCCCCCCUCUCCCCUUUUUUUUUUUUUUUUUUUUUUUUUUUUCCUUCCCUCCUCCUUCCCCUCCUUCCUUCCCCCUCUUCCCUCCCCUUCCCCUACGCGGCGAGAGCCAGCGACAAAACUCCCGUGCAAAGCGCAGCCACCGCCGCCAAAUAGCCAGUGCGCUGCCCCGGCCGCCUGCUCGGACUGGAAAGUUGCGGCUCGCUCCGGUGCUCUGCUCCAGCGCGGAGGAGGCUCAGGACUUACAAACGCAGCCAGGGGCACGGGCUGAACGUUUUGCACCGUUCUUCUUCCUGCGCAGACCCGAAGGCAGCAUCUUUGUUUUGUUUUGCUUUUUCCCUCCUGCUACCGCUCCUUUCUCCUUGCAAUUGGGUGCCUAAGUGCUAGGAGCUGCUGCAGCCCGCGCUGCAAACGCUGAUACGAACAGACAGGAGGCACCGAGGCUGCCCCGGCUGCCGGCUCGUCCUUGGCUUUGUCGCUCCGGACUGCACAAGCCCGAGAAGCCGGCAGAAGGAAGCGGCCGAGGAGGAGGCGGAGGCGGUGGAGGGGGGAGCAGAGGAAAGGAAGCGAGGAAGCGAAGCCAAAGUUUCUUUGGAAUAAGGGAGCGCAGCCAGUCCUCGCCCGGGCUGCGCGCUGGAGUGAGGUCUCCAGCCCCUGCGCCGGCGGAGGUGCCCGCAAGCCCGCGAUGGCCGGAGAGCUCAGUAUCGGAGCCGAGCUGCCCACCAGUCCCCUGGCCAUGGAGUACGUCAACGACUUCGACCUGAUGAAGUUCGACGUGAAGAAGGAGCCCCUGGGCAGGAAUGACCGCUCCGGGAGGCACUGCACCCGCCUGCAGCCUGCCGGCUCCGUCUCCUCCACCCCCAUCAGCACCCCCUGCAGCUCCGUGCCCUCCUCGCCCAGCUUCAGCCCCACUGAGCAGAAGACCCACUUGGAGGACCUGUACUGGAUGGCCAACAGCUAUCAGCAGAUGAACCCCGAGGCGCUGAACCUCACACCAGAAGACGCUGUUGAAGCCCUCAUUGGGUCCCACCAGGUGUCCCAGCAGCUGCAAGGCUUUGAGAGCUUCCGGGCCCACCAUCACCACCACCACCACCAUCACCAACACCACCACCAGUACCCUGCAGUCACCCACGAAGACCUGUCCGGCAGCGGGCACCCUCAUCACCACCACCACCAUCACCACCAGGCCUCUCCCACCCCGUCCACCUCCUCCAGCUCCUCCCAGCAGCUCCAGAACUCGCACCAGCAGCAUCCCCCCUCCAGCAGCGUGGAGGACCGGUUCUCAGAUGACCAGCUGGUCUCCAUGUCUGUGAGGGAGCUCAACAGGCACCUCCGAGGCUUCACCAAAGACGAGGUGAUCCGCCUCAAGCAGAAGAGGAGGACCUUGAAGAACAGGGGCUAUGCCCAGUCCUGCAGGUAUAAACGYGUCCAGCAGAAACACCACCUGGAGAAUGAAAAGACCCAACUAAUUCAGCAGGUGGAGCAGCUCAAGCAAGAAGUGACCCGGCUCGCCAGAGAGAGAGAUGCCUACAAGCUCAAGUGUGAGAAACUUGCCAGCAAUGGCUUCAGAGAGGCCGGCUCCACCAGUGACAACCCGUCUUCCCCUGAGUUCUUCAUGUGAGUGCUUAACAAAUAUAAUAAAAAAAAAAAAAGCAAAACAAACAAAAAAACCUGACCCCAACCCCCAUCACCUUCUCCCCUCCCCGUUCCGCUCCCAUCCUCCUCUGACAUCUCCAUCCAUCUGUCUGCUUGAGUAGCGAGAAAGAAGGAGAGAAAGAAAAUAGAGACUUGACUUUUGCAGCAUCCAGUCUCCUAGAUUAGCUGUGGGAAAAGUAGGCUGGGGGUGGGGGCGGGAGAGGGAACGUGCAACUUUUUUGACUUUCAUUUGUGAGUGAGAGAGAGGGAUAGAGGCAGAGGCAAAGGAGAAAAGGACAAGCUAAGCCUUUUAUAGAUCGCUUGCUUCCUGAACGAGAUGGACUUUAAGAGAAUAAUAAUAAUAAUAAUAAAAAAAGGACGAUGAACAAGCCAUCUAUAACAUACUGCCUACUUGGAAUGAGAGGACUUUACAGCAGCAUCUCAUGCACAAUUUACCUGCUUGGGAAAAGGAGAAUAAAUAAAAAGGACAAUAUAUGCAAACUCUUCAUAUAUUGCCUGCUUUGAGAAGUAAGUUACAGGACUCAGAUGGGACAUGCAAUCCAAGAAAGGAAAGAAAGAAAGAAAAAAAAAACUCAUCAGUUUUAUUGCCUGCUUGAUUAUAUAGAAAAAUACGAAAAUCUGCAUUAAAAAUAUUAAUCCUGCAUGCUGGACAUGUAUGGUAAUAAUUUCUAUUUUGUACCAUUUUCUUGUUUAACUUUAGCAUGUUGAUCAUCGAUCAUAGCUCUCUGUUUUGUUUCCUCGAUAAGAAAAGCAUCACGAGUUAUCAAAACUUUUUACUGCUUGUGCAGUUUUGUUCGUUGGUUUUGCUCUCUUAUUUUCUUUUAUGGUUGUUAGCUUGUAAAUAUCUGCGACUUCAAACCGCACAGAAAAAAAAACACAAAAAAAAAAAAAAGCAAAAAACGAAACAUUUCAGCAGGCUGGUUGUACGGUUUGUUUGGUAUUAAAGAGACACUUAAACUUAUGGGCAUUUUGCAUUCAGAAAAGAGAAAAAAACUUUGUAUAUCUGGUGCACUUUUAAGUUUUUUUUAAGAUUUUUUUUUCUUUUUAGUUUUCAUUUUGGUUUUUUGUUUGUUGGGGCAGAAGAAAAAAAAAAACCGCCUGGAUGUCAUUGACAGACCUAAACUUAACAGGGAAAGCGAGUUCGCAUCGGUCACUAGAGCCUGCUCCGCUUUAAAGUGACAGUGAAACUCCCUCUGCUUCAGGACAACUCCCAGCCUGUAGUGGUUAGACUUGGCCAGAUAGUCUGUCCCUUCUGACUGUACACUCAGGAAGCGAGGAACGGGCGGGAUACUGGUUCCUUUUAAGAAACAACAGCUGCCCCUUGAUUUUUAUUUUCAGUAAAAUACAGGAAUAAAAAAAAAAAAAAAGAUUUGAUACAAGUCAAGCUGAAAUCACAGCAAAGAUUCGUGUUGCCACCUAAGUUAGRUUUAUCAAUGGUAGCAGUGAGUGCGUGAGCUGGAAAAGCAUUUAAAAUGAAACUUUUUUUUUUUCUUAAAGACAUAAUGAAACUUUUAAGUGUAUUCUUUUGCAAUGAUUUGUAACCUGCUUCUCUGCUUCCCUAUGCAGCGAGUGAAAGUUUUAGCCAAAAUUUAUUUGCAGUUGUAUAGUAGUAGUAGUUUGGAGUCUUAUGGGUGUUUUUAUUACUUUUUUUUUUUUUUCCUCCUGCAGGUCAGUAAAAGGAUUAUUUUACGUUGCACUGACAAAAAUACCAAAAUGAAAACUUAUUUUUUAGUUUCCUUUUAGGAUAGCUGGCACUGCUGGCCGGAUGCAUUUUAAGUUUGUAUUAGUUUAUAAAUUAACAGUAA